CCCCGCCCUCCUCCCGGUACCGGUGCCCGGGGCGCGAUGCGUGCGGGCGGGGAGGCUCCGCACCAGGUGCUGGGCCGGCUGCGGUUCCUGCUGCAGUGCAGCGAGUGCUUCCGCCGCGCCCGGGCGCUGCCCGCCGCGCUGUGCUACGUGCCCCGGGAGGUGCAGUACAAGAUCUGCAAGGACCCCUCCGCCGCCGCCGCCGCCGCCGCCGCCCGCAGCCUGCUCAGCGUCUGGGACAGCCCGGGGCCGGCGCGGGGCGGCAAGCGGGCGGCGCGGGCCACCAUCGAGGUGCGGAAGGGCGGCUGCCUCCGCGCCACCGGCGAGGAGUACUGCAACGGCGCCGGGCUCUGGGUGAAGCUCAGCAAGGAGCAGCUGGAAGAGUACAAGAGUGGCUGUGACCUGGAGGAAGGCUGGGUCCUGGUGUGCAAGCAUGCAGAAGGAGGGGACAGGCUGGUCCCGGUCGAGUCCACAGAGAGGAUCCAGAGGCAGCAGCAGCUGUUCGGGGUUGAUUACAAACCUGUGAUCAGAUGGGAGCAAGUGGUGGAUCUGACAUACUCCCUGCGCCUGGGAGCGAAACCCAAGCCCAUGGAGCAGGAUGAGGCCGCAGUAGAGAGGCUUCGGUUUGUGCCUCCAACAUGGACUUACGAAUGCGAUGAAGACCUGGUGCAUUUCUUGUAUGAUCAUAUUGGGAAAGAGGACGAGAACUUGGGCAGCGUUAAGCAGUAUGUGGACAGCAUCGAUGUCUCAUCCUACACGGAAGACUUCAAUGUGUCGUGUUUGACCGACAGCCACGCGGACACGUACUGGGAGAGUGACGGGUCCCAGGGCCAGCACUGGGUGCGGCUCAACAUGAAGAAAGGCACCAUCGUCAAGAAGCUCCUGCUGACAGUUGACACCACAGAUGAGAACUUCAUGCCCAAGCGGGUCGCUGUGUACGGGGGCGAGGGGGACAAUCUGAAGAAACUGAAUGAUGUCGGCAUUGAUGAGAGUUACAUUGGGGACGUGUGCGUCCUUGAGGACAUGACAACACACCUGCCUGUCAUCGAGAUCCGGAUUGUGGAGUGCAGAGAUGAUGGGAUUGACGUUCGCCUCCGGGGCAUCAAAAUCAAAUCCUCCCGACAGAGGGACUUGGGGCUCAGUGCCGACAUGUUCCAGCUGGCCAACUUAGUACGCUACCCGCGCCUGGAGGGGACGGACCCUGACCUGCUGUACCGGAGGGCUGUGCUCAUUCAGAGGUUCAUCAAGCUUCUGGAUAGUGUCCUGCAUCACUUGGUGCCAGCCUGGGAUCACACUAUUGGCACGUUCAGCAAACUCAAGCAUAUCAAGCAGUUCCUGUUGCUGUCCAAGAGGCGCACAGCUCUCAUUACCCAGUGUCUGAAGGAUUCAGAGACGAGCAAACCCAACUUCAUGCCACGCCUCUAUAUUAACCGACGCCUGGCUAUGGAGCACCGAGACAACCCUGCCCUGGACCCCAGCUGCAAGAACGCUGUCUUCACCCAGGUAUAUGAAGGCCUGAAGCCCUCUGACAAGUUUGAAAAGCCUCUAGAUUAUAGGUGGCCGCUGCGUUACGACCAGUGGUGGGAGUGCAAAUUCAUCGCAGAGGGCAUCAUUGACCAAGGUGGCGGUUUUCGGGACAGCUUGGCGGACAUGUCAGAGGAGCUGUGCCCCAGCUCAGCAGACACUCCUGUGCCCCUGCCCUUCUUUGUGCGCACGUCCAACCAGGGCAACAGCACCGGAGAAGCUAGGGACAUGUAUGUCCCCAACCCCUCCUGUAGAGACUUCCCAAAGUACGAGUGGAUUGGGCAGAUCAUGGGAGCAGCUCUGAGGGGCAAGGAGUUUCUGGUCCUGGCUCUUCCUGGCUUUGUAUGGAAACAAUUAACAGGGGAGGAGGUCAGCUGGAGCAAAGACUUCCCUGCUGUGGACUCUGUGCUGGUGAAGCUCCUGGAGGUGAUGGAAGUGAUGGACAAAGACACCUUUGAGUUCAAAUUUGGGAAUGAGCUGACCUACACGACAGUGCUGAGUGACCAGCGCAUGGUGGAGCUGAUUCCCAACGGCAGCAACACCGUGGUAUGCUACGAGGACCGCAAGGAGUUCAUCCGCCUCGUGCAGAAGGCUCGACUGGAGGAGAGCAAGGAGCAGAUCAUGGCUAUGCAGGCUGGGCUGCUGAAGGUGGUGCCCCAAGCUGUUCUUGACCUCCUCACCUGGCAGGAGCUGGAAAAGAAAGUCUGUGGAGACCCUGAAGUCACAGUUGAUGCCCUGAAGAAGCUCACCCGGUUUGAGGACUUUGAGCCACUGGACACCCGCGUUCAGUACUUCUGGGAAGCACUCAACAACUUCACCAAUGAGGAUCGUAGCCGUUUCCUCAGAUUUGUCACUGGCAGAAGCCGCCUUCCAGCACGGAUCUACAUCUAUCCAGACAAACUGGGCUCUGAAACGACAGAUGCAUUGCCAGAGUCGUCCACCUGCUCCAGUACCCUCUUCUUGCCCAACUAUGCCACAGCCAAGGUAUGUGAAGAGAAGUUGCGCUACGCGGCCUAUAACUGCGUGGCCAUUGACACGGAUAUGAGUCCGUGGGAAGAGUGAUGUUGCAACUUGACCAAGAAGCACGGACAAUCACUUGACAAAACCAUGCAGUGGGAAGAGCUCCCUUGUCCCCGCAGGAUAUGUAUAUAUAAUAAACAUGUAGGUGUGAAGCCUGGCUCCCUGCAGUGGUAACCAGCACCGCUUUGGACACAGAGGUUUGGAACUUGAGCAGAGUGGGAGCUAGUUUGGAGUGUAAACGGGACUGUAGUCAUGAAACCUUGUUCCCAGCCCUCAUACAUCAAAAAGGUCUGGUAGACUUCUGCAAUGAGUUUCUUCUCCAAGCAUCCCCAUUGCAGCCUCAUAACUUGCUCUUUCCAGCUGUGCUCUGCUCCAAAGAGAAGUGGGUAGGGCCACGAAGCUGCACAGCAGCUUACAGCACAGGACAAAACUGGGAGCUGCUGCUGAGACCACGGGGGUGCUCAGAGAAGCUCGCUGCCCUAGUCUGAGCGUCCUGACCACAUUCCUUUGCCUUGUUCCUGCUGUAUGUGAGGUCAUGGAAAUGUGAUGAUUCAUCUAAGUAUAAGAAGAAAUGGAGCAGGCUGGUGACAGGUGCUGCAGGGGUGCCUCUGACCACCAGGUGUCACGACAGACCUUCACAGCACGACUGUGGGUGCUGUCGGGAAAGGACUCCCAUGCUGUUACAUCCCACAGAAUCCCUUUUCCUGUGACCACCCAGUGGUUCCUUGCACAGCAGCAGCUGCUGGGGAAGCUGCUCCCCUUCAGGAGGUGGGAACUAUCUACUCCCUCCUGCUCUGUAACCUGGUUCUGCAUUCUGCCCAAGGCAUGCCGGUAGCCUAGCAGCUGUUCUCCCGGGCUCUUUGAGCUGUGGUUUUCUCCUAAAAGCUUCCGUUACAAUUAAUCUGUUACGGUUCUCAUGGAGAUGUGCAGGCAGGGCCAAGCUCUUCUCCCAGACAGCAGGGGUAGGAGCAGUAGCAGGCAUGGCAGCGCUGGGCUCCCCUCUGCUGUGGGGAGGGAGGUGGAGGUGGGCAGGGAAAGCCCACCCCAGAGGAGUGGAGAGGCUGUGGGUAUCAGAGGUUGGAGCUCCUUGAGCAGGUGACGUGCUAGCAGGUCCGUGUGUGACUGGGGAGUGGGCAAUGAAAGCCUUACAGCUUCAAGACCAUUGGAAAUGUUUCUGGAUCUUUCCAGCCCUGAGCAGGGUUAGUCAUUGCCUAGCACCGUGAGCUCCCAAUGUCAGUCUGCUUUUAAACCCCAGCUGCACCUCCAGUCCACGUGGUCUGUCGGACUGUCACUAGUAACAGCCACUGCGUCGCUCUCUCUGGCUUCGCUGGAGUGGGGCUAACUAAUGCUAUGAAUUAAGGUUUAUCUUGUUUUAACACUUCCUGCCUUUCUCCGCUCUCUUGAAGGAGUCUGUCAUCCAGAAAUUGCUUCCAGCUGUAAAUGAAGUCCUUCCCUUUACCACUUUCCUUGGAAACUGCCGUAUUCCCAGACCUGUUGAGGGGAAUUACCGAAAGGAGCGUAGGAUCAGCAGAGGGCAUAGGCUGAGGUCUCCUGCUCUGCAGUAAGUGGAAGGAGUGGGAAGUGGAGCAGGCAGGGAGGUUGUUUUUGGCAGCCAUUUCCUGCAGCAGAGCCUUCCAUAUGACAUGGUGGGUGUUAAGCCUGGUCCGCUGGAGCAGGUUUUCUGUAAAUUACUGGUUAUCUCAGAAUUGAGCUCAUGACUUUGCAGCUGAUUUCAACAAGCAGUGUGUACAGGAGCAGGGCCUGUGUGUGAGACCUUUCCGCUCUUGUGGCUGUCGUAUCCUAGGGUGUUUUGUUUUAAAGGGUCAGGAGUGAGCUGGUGAAAGGGCUUUGACUUGCUGGCUUGGCCUUGGGUCAGGAGUGCCACUGAAGGAUCUUCAGCAUCAAGCUGGGGAGCCCAGAAAGCAGCAGAGUAAGAUGGGAUUUGAAACGGGCAUCCUUUCUGGCCACCGACAGGUUGGAAUUGAUCCUGCUGUCUCUGGCUUUGCUCACUUGACUCUAAGGGAGAUGAGCAGAAGGUCAGGUCACUUACCGAGCAGAAUUACAGAAGUAGGAGGAAAAAUGGGCUCCUCUCUGGUGCUUUACUGCAGGGCAGGGGACAGACAGGUGGUUGAUGGGCAGCGCGGAGAUGGAUGGGUAAAAUAGCUCUGGUCACCUCCUCCAAAGGCAGAGGGUGAGCUGACAUCAGCUGUGAGGACAGACAGGCUGUGUGUUAUGGCAACGUGCUGGGGAAUGACAACAGCAGUUGUUGCCAUGUUUUUAUGCUGUGCUGUAGAGACCCGUGAAAGCCCUUCCACUUGUAGGAAGAGCCGAUCGCUGCAGUGAGGUCAGAGGACAAACGUGGCUCCUGAGUAAGGAUCAAAAAAA